AUGCCUCUACCUGCUUCUAGCGACACUGCUGUUGGGGCCGUCCUUGCUCAGGAAGAUGAUGAGGGGAUUGAACAUCCCAUAUACUACUUCAGCCGUACGCUAAGAGACGCCGAACUCAGGUACCCCAAAGCAGAGAAAGCAUGCUUGGCCCUAAUUCACGAUGUGCCGAAAUUCAUACAUUAUCUACUGUUGAAUAAGGUGGUGUUAAUAUCCAGAGUUGAACCUAUCAUUUUUUUACUCUUGAAACCGGCCUUGAUAGGCAGACCGACCAAAUGGUUGCUUCAAAUGUCAGAGUUUGAUAUAACAUGCACUCCUCCGAGAGCUAUCAAAGGGAAAUCAGUAGCAGAUCUUCUAGCAGCAUUCCCAGGAGAAGGAACCACCGCGCUACAUGAAGACCUUCCUGAAGAGUUUCUCGAAAUCUCUUUUAUCGAGAAGGAGGCAUGGCUAUUAUAUUUCGACGGUUUUGAGACACCUAGCAAUAAUACUGGAGGAGCGGGAAUAGUUCUAGUGUCUCCAAUGGGAGAAGUCUUUUCACAUUCUUUCAAGUUGGACUUUCAAUGUACCAACAAUUCAGCAGAAUACGAAGCUUUCCUUAUAGGAUUGUCACUAGCCAAACGAGCAGGAGCCACACGUCUAGAAGUAAGAGGUGACUCUAAGCUGUUGGUCAAUCAGAUGAAUGGGGUCUACUCACUCAAGGAGGUAACACUAGCUCCUUAUAUAUCCGAGACGCAAAAGCUAUGGAACUACUUUGCCGAUGUGACCAUAACCCAUAUUGGCCGCAAUAACAACAAACACGCUGAUUUCCUAGCCACAUUGGCCUCGAAGUUACAAUUCGAAGUUUUGGAAGAAACUCUGAUUGUGAGGAGACGGACUGUAGCGUCGACAUGGAUUGCAGAAUCUAAAGAUGCUGAAACUGACGACUGGAGGACUCCAAUCGUUCAAGAGAUGAGAAGUUCACUCUCCCAAGGAAAGGUUAGUCUCAAAAUCCUGCAAAGCUUUUUCAUGCUUCAUGGAGUGUUGUACCACCGGAAUCCGGAUGGGUCCCUGACAAGAUGUCUUGGAGAUGAGGAAGCGCAACUACAACUUAACCACGUGCACAAUGAAAUUUACGGGAAAACGUUGGUAGUGACUCUUUACCGACGUCUCCAACGCCUUGGCUUCUACUAG